AUGAACAACCACGAAAAAGGCUCCUCGGAAUCAUCAUCAACGAUCGUUCAUUCUUCUCAUCCCAAAGCUGCCAGCAACAGCUUGCAGUGGAAUGAAGAGGAUGAUCAUUCUUACGGUUAUCCUCCUCCGAGAUUUGUUCAAAAAAUUACUCCCGAAGAAUAUCAACGACAAGCCCAAAGGUCCUACCAGUAUGUGGAGAAAAUGUUAGAGAGUGCGAGUAUGGAUGAAUUAUUGAAAUCUCGGGAACUUGCAAGACGGUUUCAAGUUCAUGGAUUUCUAAAGAAACACAUGCAAUACACACUUAAAAUUCGAGAAGUGUUGUACAUGUUCAUGAUAAUACUCGGAAUUUGUAUUCCGUUCAUGAUCAUACAAUUUUAUGUGAUUAGAGCUUGCAUUAAUUUAUACUUGUGGGAUCAUCCAGUGGAAGCGAUCAGAUUGGGUCUCAAUAGAAUGGUUCUCAAUCGAUAUUAUGGAUUUGGUUUUGCAUUUCAAAAUGAGGAAGACUUCUCAAAAGAGCAACAAGUGAAAGUGCUUCAAAUGGCUGUUGAGUUGGAUUCUGUCGAAUUCAGUGAGAGAUUAAUUGCACUAUUUCAUCAAGUUUACAAAGUAGAUCAGAGAGAAAGUUGGGAAUUGUACAUGAAGAAAAUAAUUUUGAAAAAAGUCACAUCUUUGGAAAUGUUGGAAAUGAUAACAAACAUGUAUGGAAAAACUGUGAAGGAAAUUUUAGAUUUAUCAAUACCGAGUCAGAAUGGGACAAUUUCAACGCUAAGGAAUGUUAUACUUGAAAAUUUAUUGAAAAUUUUUAGGACUCCUGGAUUGACAUUAAAAGAGUUUAAGAAACAUGAUCGAUUGUUUCAGAGAAUGAUCAACCGAUAG